ACUCCACCCCCCCCCCCCACUGUCUUCUUCAUCUCUCCAUCUCUGCGCCGCUGCCGGCUGCGCCAUCCCGGACCCAGACUCGGGCGCGCCAGGGGCCCCUGACUCCGGCUGCAGGGACCUUGUCCCAGAGAGACCACAGGCAUGUCAUCGGAAAAGUCAGGCCUCCCGGACUCGGUUCCCCACACUUCGCCGCCACCGUACAAUGCCCCCCAGCCCCCGGCGGAGCCCCCCGCCCCGCCCCCCCAGGCCGCCCCCUCCUCGCACCACCACCACCACCACUACCACCAGUCCGGCACCGCCACGCUCCCGCGCUUAGGGGCCGGCGGGCUGGCUUCUGCCGCCGCCGCCACGGCCCAGCGCGGGCCCUCGUCCUCCGCCACGCUCCCGCGGCCCCCGCACCAUGCCCCGCCCGGCCCGGCCGCCGGCGCGCCCCCGCCCGGCUGCGCCACCCUGCCCCGCAUGCCUCCCGACCCGUACCUGCAGGAGACGCGCUUCGAGGGCCCGCUGCCCCCGCCGCCGCCCGCCGCCGCCGCACCGCCCCCGCCGGCGCCCGCCGCCGCUGCGACCGCCCAGGCCCCCGGCUUCGUGGUGCCCACGCACGCGGGGGCGGUGGGCACGCUGCCCCUUGGGGGCUACGUGGCGCCCGGCUACCCCCUACAGCUGCAGCCCUGCACCGCUUACGUGCCGGUCUACCCGGUGGGCACGCCCUAUGCAGGCGGGACCCCGGGGGGCACAGGCGUGGCCUCCUCUCUGCCCCCGCCGCCCCAGGGCCCGGGGCUGGCGCUGCUGGAGCCCAGGCGCCCUCCACACGACUACAUGCCCAUCGCAGUGCUGACCACCAUCUGCUGCUUCUGGCCCACGGGCAUCAUUGCCAUCUUCAAGGCAGUGCAGGUGCGUACGGCCUUGGCCCGCGGGGACAUGGUGUCCGCCGAGAUCGCGUCCCGCGAGGCCCGCAACUUUUCCUUCAUCUCCUUGGCCGUGGGCAUCGCAGCCAUGGUGCUCUGUACCAUCCUCACCGUCGUCAUCAUCAUCGCCGCGCAGCACCACGAGAACUACUGGGACCCCUAAAACGCCCCCACCUGGCCCGG